AUGUCAGAUGAUUACGUUAGCCAUCCCGAAAAAGUCCUUCACAUGGGCGGAUCUUACGGAGCAAUAAGAAAUAAUUCAACAAGCCAAUUGGACCUACUGAAACACCUGAAAGAUUCAGUCUCAGAAAUCUCAAAAGUUAUCAAGCUGGACUAUCUCACAGUCGCACAGCAAAGCAACCAAAUCAUGAAAAAUGUUACCGAGCAAUUACAACGACAAGGCCUGUGGGGUGUCCCUCCAGGGGUUGAGAUUCAGGCCAGCGCAGUGAAUACUGCUUAUGCAAUGGAUCUUCUCAUGCGCGACUUAGACAUGCUAAAUCUAAGAACCAGAAUCAAGUGCAUGGCAUUCUACUGCCAAAAUCUUCAAGGAGAAGAUUGA